AUGGCAGAAGAAGACAUGAGGCGCUCAGCACAGGUUCGGUCAGCCCCACUCCGGAAUGGGCCCAUCCUGCAGAUGGACCAACCUCCACCUCUCCCAAAGUCUCCACCCCCAAACUUGAAUACACCCCCUGUUCAGCCAAGUCACCAUCGGCAAGAGAACCUGAACACACCUGUUCAGACAGCUCAUCGACGACUGGAAAAUCUGAUUCAGGAACCUGAAGCACAACGCAUCAUCUUUGAUGCAAAUGCUAAUCAGGAGAAGCCCCCUCGCACCCAUCCUGAGGUGUUUCUGUCAGAGGCUGAAACUAUGUUGUCUUCAACACAGAGUCCUCCAAAUUCUUCAUCAACAUCUGGUUCUACUCCAGGAGUGAUUGGGGCUCAAGAGAUUUACCGGGACCCACGUCAGAAACGGUUGGCAGAGCAGCAGCAGCGGCAGCAAGGAAGCAAGGGACCGAAUGCCCCUGAGAAGCUGACAUUCCGUGAGAAAAUGCGAAUGUUUGCCCUGGAAACAGGUGAAGCAGGGACACCUCGAGAUCGAGUCAAGAUCUCUAAGGCACAGAGAGAGAUCGAGGGGCCGCCCACUUCCACAACCCCCUCCUGAGUCAUCUGUUAAUGAAGACAAACACUUUUCCUUCCAUUUGUUCUAUAGUGUACGAUAGACACUGACCUUUGAAGUACAAGUCGUGUCUCUUGACUUUUUUUGUUUCCUUACCUGAAUCUUUACUAUAUUCUAUCAUGCCUAUUGUGUCUUUUUUAAACUCUCUAUUUGACAUGUACAAUGAAGGAAGACUUGUUAUUCUGAUGAAUAAAGCAGAGAAUAAAGAC